AUGUUGACAAUCAGUUUUGUCUUAAUUCUCACUUGCAGCACCAUUUUCACCAUCUUUCCAGCCAAAGCCCAAGAAUUAAAAACCUACAUUGUUCACUUAAAUUCACCUCAAGCCCAAGAGUUUUCUCAGACACACUACCUAGAAGAAUGGUAUAACUCCUUUUUAUCAGGAAUCGCUUCCACCUCAAAUGAGAAACCAACAAUGGUUCAUGCCUACCACCAUGUGAUUACAGGAUUUGCUGCAAAAAUGUCGGCAGAGCAAGCAAAGGCGAUGGGGAAUAUGAGCGGAGUUGUAUCCGUAAGGCCUGAAAGUGUCUUGCAGUUGCAUACAACUCGUUCACGGCACUUUUUGCGCUUGCACGACAAUUCAGGUUUAUGGAAAGACUCGAACCAUGGGAAGGGAAUCAUAAUUGGAAUUCUAGACACUGGAAUUACUCCUGGGCAUCCUUCAUUUAACGACAAAGGCGUCCCACCUCCACCAACAAGAUGGAAAGGCAAAUGUCAAGUGGCAGGGUGCAAUAACAAAUUGAUAGGAAUGAGAACAUUUGUUAGCAGUAGUUCUCCAGUUGAUCAACUUGGCCAUGGGACUCACACUUCAAGUAUCGCUGCAGGAAAUUUUGUAGAUAAUGCAAAUAUAUUUGGACAUGCCAAUGGCACUGCCACUGGGAUGGCACCACUUGCACACGUGGCCAUGUAUAAAGUAUGUGGCACGAGAUAUUGUUCCGAUAGUGACACCAUAGCCGGCAUGGAUGCAGCUAUUGGAGAUGGUGUUGACAUGCUUUCUAUCUCACUUGGUAGACGUUCCGUACCCUUUUAUCGAGAUUCGUUGGCAAUAGGUACCUUCACUGCCAUACAGAAAGGGAUCUUCGUAAGUUGUUCAGCAGGUAAUUGCGGGCCUUUCAAGGCUCGACUGUCAAACGUGGGCCCAUGGAUCCUUACAGUUGGGGCUAGUAAUUUGGAUAGAAAAAUAAGGACAACUGUUAAUCUAGGAAACGACAAGUUACUUAAUGGUGAAUCUUUAUACCAACCAAAGAAUUCCCAUCAAAAGCUUAUGCCUCUUGUUUACCCAGGUGAAAAGGGUGAUUACCGUGCAGCAACAUGUAGAAGAGGAUCACUAGAUGCAACUAUCCUUCUCCGUGGAACUAUACUUGGCAUAAAAUCAGCUCCAGAGGUGACUUGUUUUUCUUCAAGAGGGCCUAACCUAGCAAGUCCUGGAAUCCUAAAACCAGACAUUAUUGGACCUGGUGUUGACAUUCUUGCAGCUUGGCCAAAGUCUGUCGAGAACAAGCCAGGAACCAAAGCAACAUUUAACCUCUUAUCUGGCACAUCAAUGUCUUGUCCUCAUCUCACAGGCAUAGCAGCAUUGUUGAAAAGUGCACAUCCAGAAUGGUCUCCUGCUGCCAUCAAGUCAGCAAUAAUGACCACAGCAAGUCAAGUAAGCCUAAAUGGCAAAGCCAUUCUGGAUGAAAGGGAGCUUCCUGCAGACGUGUUUGCUAUUGGUGCAGGUCACGUGAACCCAUCAAAAGCCAACGACCCGGGGCUUGUUUUUGACAUCCAACCUGAUGACUACAUUCCGUAUUUGUGUGGGUUAGGUUAUACAACCAAACAAAUUAAAACGAUCGUGAAGAAGACUUUUUCCUGCUUUAAAAGCAUACCAGAGGCAGAGCUAAACUAUCCUUCUUUUGCAGUGACAUUAAAAAGAGGUGGUAGCAAAACAUACUCAAGGACGGUGACUAACGUUGGUAUGAAAAAUUCAACUUACACUAUCGGGAGUCUUUCUCUACCGGAGGGUGUACAUAUGGUGAUUGACAGUCCUUCUCAAGAGCUCCGUUUCACAGCAUUGCACCAGAAGUUAACAUACAAAAUAACAUUCACUCGUGAUAUUAUGGAUAAGUUGAAAGGUCCUUAUGGCCAAGGAUAUAUGACUUGGGUUUCAGACAAAUACUCCGUCAGAACCCCAUUUUCAUUCAAGUUCAGAUGA